AUGCGGGCGGAUUCAGGGGAUGGACUACCUGUUUCUACAGCCAGGAUUGAAUCAUGGCAUCCUUGUACCCCGCACGUCGGUCCGGCCAAAAGCCUGCAAUCAAGUGACUGGGAGGUCCCUACAGAAAGCAAUCAAACGAUAGUAACAGCUGAUGGUCGUGGACUUGGGGAAAUUAUCCGACAGAUUUUCGUCCUUGCUGGUCAGAAAUAUGAAGACGUUCGUUACAGCUUUGAAGAAUGGCCUAAACACAAAGAUGAGAUGCCAUUUGGCCAAAUACCAGUGCUGGAAGUAGACGGUAAACAGUUGGGGCAGUCCUUCGCGAUUGUUCGUUUUCUGUCCAGAAAAUUCGGCUUUGCAGGCAAGAGUCCGUUUGAGGAAGCUCUUGUUGACUCGAUUGCUGACCAAUACAAAGAUUAUUUCAACGAGAUUUAUCCGUUUAUAAGAGUCGCUUUAGGGUUUGAGCAAGGAGAUCUGAAACUAACAAGAGAAGUGUUCCUUCCAACACGAGAAAAAUUCUUCGGAUUCAUGACGAAAUUUCUCAAGAAAAGCACGUCUGGUUACCUUAUCGGCGAUUCGCUGACUUUCGUUGACCUGUAUUUAGCGGAACACACUUCUGAAAUGGUUAAGAAAGUGCCCACUCUCUACGAUGGAUUUCCAGAAAUCAAAGCGCAUGCCGAGAAGAUUCGAUCAAUUCCAGCUCUUAAGGAAUGGAUCAACACUCGACCUGUGACCAAUUUCUGA